GAAUUUGGUCCCACUAUCAAAAGCCAUAUAUUUCUCUAUCUAAAGAGUGAGGUGUGGGCGUAUAAAAGGGAAGGAGAGGCUGAGUUUGUUUGGUGUACGAACAAAGGAAGUUGGUAGGGAAGAAUAAGAGAGCUUUGGAUCAGCUGUGUGAUAUCUUUGCUAAGUCAGGAGGAACUCAAAACAAAGCAUAUAUGAGUCCUAGGGGCCAAAUCUACAUUUGACUCGUCUCAUUCAGUUACUCCUUACUCCUGGAAAAGUUUGGCAUUGGAAUUCAACAACCUAGACCAUUUUGAGCACUACAACACGGGCAGAUCAGAACCAAAAUCACAAUCUUGAUCUGACCACACAAGGCGGGAUCAAGUCGAAGAUGUCUGUUAAUGUUUUCUUCAAAGACGCAAGGCGUGUUUUCAAGCUUGACGCAAUUGGUCGUGAGAUACUGGGAAUUGCACUGCCAGCUGCUCUUGCCGUUGCAGCUGAUCCUGUAGCUUCUCUUAUCGACACUGCUUUUGUUGGCCAUAUCGGACCUGUGGAACUUGCUGCAGUUGGAGUAUCCAUUGCUAUAUUCAAUCAAGCUUCAAGGAUUACCAUAUUCCCACUUGUAAGCAUUACAACUUCUUUUGUCGCUGAGGAGGAUACCAUUGGCAAGGCUGGCACAAAAGCAGCAAAAGGUGACAAAGGUAAGUGUUUGGCUGAUGAUAACUCGGUGAAAGUUCAUGUGGCUGAGGAUCAUGAACUUGAGGACGAAGAAAAACUUGCACCCAAACAAGACUCUGUCAACUUAAAUCACGAGCUAACAGGGAAUAAUGUCACCAUAGAACAAGGUGCAGAAAAAGAAAACAACGAGAGCUCUUCAACAAAAAAGGAAACAAAAGAAUUGGUGCCUAAUGGUGCUCCUCCGGGAAGAGAUUUGAGUUUAAACAUAAGCAAGUCAACCCCUGAUAAGUCCAAAAAGAAGGAGAAGAAGCAAAUUGCAUCAGCAUCAACAGCUUUGAUAUUUGGCUCAAUUCUGGGUCUCAUGCAAGCCAUAUUCCUUGUAUUUGGAGCCAAAUUUUUACUGAAUCUAAUGGGUGUAAAAGAUGAUUCACCCAUGUUUGCCCCUGCUCACAAGUACUUGACAUUAAGAUCACUUGGUGCUCCUGCUGUUCUUCUGUCAUUGGCCAUGCAAGGGAUCUUUAGAGGGUUCAAGGAUACGAAAACUCCUCUUUACGUCAUUGUUUUUGGAUAUACUGUAAACAUCAUGCUGGACCCCAUUCUCAUCUUUGUGUGCCGUUGGGGGGUCAAAGGUGCAGCUGCUGCGCAUGUUAUUUCUCAGUACUUGAUUGUGCUGAUUCUCUUCUGGAGACUGGUGCAAAAAGUCAAUCUCAUGCCUCCAAGUCUUAAAGAUCUCCAAUUUGGUCGAUUUCUUAAAAAUGGAGGUCUGCUGCUGGCAAGAGUUGUAGCAGUAACAUUUUGUGUGACUCUAGCAGCAUCACUAGCUGCAAGGCUGGGUUCAACACCUAUGGCUGCAUUCCAAACUUGUUUGCAAGUCUGGAUGACGUCUUCUUUACUUUCUGAUGGUUUAGCAGUAGCUGGACAGGCAAUUCUAGCCUGUGCAUUUGCAGAGAAAGACUAUGACAAGACAACAGCAACAGCUACCAGAGUAUUGCAGAUGAGCUUUAUUCUAGGUGUUGGACUGGCUAUAGUCGUCGGAAUCGGAAUGUUCUUCGGAGCAGGAAUAUUUUCGAGAGACAUUCAUGUGCAGCACCUCAUACAUUUAGGAAUUCCGUUCAUCGCAGCUACACAGCCGCUAAACUCACUGGCGUUUGUGUUCGACGGAGUGAAUUUUGGAGCGUCUGAUUUUGCGUACUCCGCAUACUCAUUGGUUCUGGUGUCGAUUGUGAGCGUGAUUUCUCUGUUCCUUCUCUCCAAAAGCAAUGGCUUCAUUGGGAUUUGGACUGCUCUCACAAUCUAUAUGUUUCUGCGAACUUUUGUUGGUGUUUGGAGGAUGGGCACGAGAACAGGACCUUGGCGUUACCUCAGGACCCAAAGGCUUCCCUAAGCUCACUACAUUUUGCAGCUUCACAUAAAAGUCAUACUUAUUAUUUAUAGUUUUAUACACUCACUUUAUAUUUAAAAAAAAUUGGUGUUAUCUUUCCAAUUUUGUAUCAUUAUCUUGGUUGGACUUGGACCCUAUAAUGUUGCUUUUUCUUUUUUCUUUUCAAUUUCUCUUUUCUUGGUAUUAUGUAACAUUAUGAUUAUGUAUAAUAUUUGACUGGAUAUUCCUUUUUAUAUAAUCUGAUUUUUUGUUUGCA